AGGGAGAGUGCGACCGUGGCUGCCGGUCUGUUGAAGACAACAUCGUCAUCGGCACGACUGAAAAAGAUUUGUCGAAAAUGAGUGUUUCUUACGAAUCGUUGAAGCAAAUUGCUGUCCGUGUCCCCGGACCGUCGGAUCGCGUCUACAAAGAUGAGUGCGCGUAUUCGUUCACAACGCCGGAAUCCGAAGACGGCUUAUAUGUGUCACUAUACUCUUUUUACGGACUUUCGAAGCAGCUCGCCUUGGAAUACGUUGCGAAGACCAAUUAUAAGGCGUUUCUCCACAUAAAGCGCGUGAAAGUCCGAACCGAGAGUCAGAAGGAAGAACAUGUCCCCCCAACCCGUUUGGCCAUAGGUCUAGAGGGCGGCUUCCAAGACGCCGCGAAACAUCAAUUCAAAACCGAAGAGCAAAUCGUCAUCCUUCCGGAGGGGGCUGUAUUUAACCUCGACGACCCUAAGCUGCCCGAGGGGCUCCGAAAAAGCGCAGAGGGCGUUGUCAGCGCGGAAAGUGCCUUCAAAGUUGCGGAGCUCGAAUCGAUCGUCGGCACUUGGGACGGAGAAGCUAGACAGCCCAGCAAGUUGUCGGCUGAUUUGUUGCAACUCGACAACGGUGUGAAAAUUCCUCCGUCGGGAUGGAAGUGCUCUCGCUGCGAAUUGACGGAUAAUCUGUGGUUGAAUCUCACGGACGGCGCUAUCAACUGCGGUCGCUCGUUCUUCACCGGAACGGGGGGGAACAAUCACGCAAUUCAACACUACAAUGAAACGCACUUCCCUCUAGUCGUCAAGUUGGGCACAAUCACUCACAAAGGCGCCGACGUGUACUCGUACGACGAGGACGACAUGGUCAUCGAUACUCACCUGCAGAAACACUUGGCGCACUUCGGCAUCGACAUGGCUGCCAUGCAGAAGACCGAGAAGUCGAUGGCCGAGCUCGAACUCGACAUGAACCAAAGAAUCGGGGAAUGGGCCACUUGCACCGAAGAAGGUUGUAAACUCGAGCCGCUAUUCGGUCCCGGCUACACCGGCCUGGUGAAUCUGGGCAACUCUUGCUACAUGAACGCUGUGAUGCAAAUGCUCCUGACGGUACCUCAUUUCGUGAGGAGGUACUUCGAGAAGUAUCAGGGAUACAUUUUCAGAAGCGACGCCGAUCCCAACGUUGAUCUCAGAACGCAAAUGGCCAAGCUUGCCAUGGGAGUUCUCUCAGGCCAAUACUCGAAAAAACCCGCGACCGACGCGGAAUGCGCAGCGGUGCGUCCGCAGGCCUUCAAGAAUGUGGUGGGCCGGAACCACCCGGAAUUCAGCUCGAAACGACAGCAGGACGCGGAAGAAUUUUUCUGCUAUCUACUCGAUCUCCUAGACAAAGAAGACAAGGAGCACCCCGCGAGCAGACCCUUCAGUUUCGAAGUCGAGGAACGAAUCCAGUGUUCCAAGACGAAGAUGGUGGCCUACAAGAAGCGCGAGGAGCGCGUGCUGCGUCUCGUUGUCCCGAUGGACAGCGCGACGAAUAAGCAGGAGGUCGAAGACUACCAAGUGAAGAAAAAAGCGGCGGAGCUCAACAAGGAGCGCUUGGAUCCGAAGGGGAACGUUCUGGCCAAAAUUCCAAUGUCGGCUUGUAUUUCGGCUUUCAUGGCCACCGAGCACGUACCGGAUUGUUUCAGCGCCGCCGCGAACGAAAAAGUGACUAUCGAGAAAACGGUUCGUUUCCUCACGUUCCCGGAAUAUCUGCUCGUGCAGGUGAAGAAAUUCACGCUAGCCCCAGAUUGGACCCCGCUGAAGCUGGAUAUAUCCUUGGACGUACCCGACGAGCUCGACUUGCGGGCAUUCCGAGCCAAGGGAGGCCUGCAACCCGGAGAGGAAUCGAUGCCGGGCGAACAGGAGACGCCGAGCGUUCAAAUCGAUGAGGGAGUCGUCAAUCAGCUGGUCGAAAUGGGCUUCUCGAGAGAAGGCUGCAGGAAAGCGGUGUUCUUCACGAAGAACUCUGGUCUCGAACAAGCCAUGCAAUGGGUCAUGGACCACAUGGGAGACCCGGAUUUCAACGAUCGCCUCGUGAUACCGGGUCAGGCGGACGUGUCGCCCAUCGACGACGCUAAUAUCGAAAUGGUCAUGGCAAUGGGUUUCCCCCGGUCCAAAGCUUCCCGAGCCCUGCGGGCGACUCAAAACAACGUUGAGCGAGCCAUCGAGUGGAUUUUCUCGAACGCCGACCAACAGAACGAGUCGUCAUCGUCCGAUGAGGCCGACGAGGGCUCCAGUUCGAGCGCCGCGAACCGCCAGGGCCUGUAUCGACUAACCGCGUUCAUCACCCACAUGGGGUCGAGCACGUCUUCGGGACACUACGUGUGUCAUCUGAGGAAGGAAGGCCGAUGGGUAAUUUGUAAUGAUGAGAAAGUCGCCCUGUCCGAGAAGCCCCCGAAAGAUCUUGCCUAUCUAUACCUUUAUCAGUGUAUCGAAUAAUUCUCCUGUCACCCGUCGUGAAUCUUUCUAAAUGAUGAGGGUAAUAAUUAUAGGCUUCGAAGUUGCAAAGGGAAUAAUUCAGAGUUUCGAUCAAUAAACGUUUUAUUA